GAAGUCAUCUAUCUACGCCGCCGGUUUAGAAACUGUGGUGUUUCUGACCAGAACCCUGGUGGUCCAUGGCCGCAGCAGAAGAAGCAGACAGUAUCGGGCAGGUCCGGGUUUGUCUGUGUGUCCUCUGCGGGUUACCUGCGGCUGGGAAGACCACGCUAGCCCGCACCAUUCUCCGGGGCACGGCACAGCACGAGUGGAGGUCCACUGUGGUGUGUUAUGAUGACCUGAUCCCGGAUCAUGCGUUCCAGAGCAGAGGGAUGGAGGAACAAACGCACACCGAAUGGAAGUUGCACAGACAGGCAGUGUUGCAGUGUAUUGAGCAGUUCUUGAAGAACUGUGACGUAUCCACAGAUUUACCCGUCAGCUGCAAAAUCAACUGCACUGCAUGGGAACGAUGCAUUCAAGAUCUGCUGGAGCCUCAGUCUGACAACGCACCACUUAUCUUUCUGCUGGAUGACAACUUCUACUAUCCAAGCAUGAGAUAUGAAGUGUACCAGCUUGCAAGAAAAUAUUCGCUGGGGUUCUGUCAGGUGUAUCUACACUGUGAUUUGGAGUCGUGCACCAGCAGAAACCAAAGCAGGUCUAAACCCAUCCCCGCUGAGGUGAUACUGGACAUGUCCAAGCGUUUAGAGGCUCCAAAUCCCCAGAAGAAUUCAUGGGAGACAAAUAGCAUUACGCUCAACACCACAGAUCAUUUUUCUGACUCGGACAUACAGAAGGUGAUGGAGUUGUUGUCAUCAGCACUGACCAACCCACUGAGCCCAGUUGAAGAUCAUACAGAACAAAAGAUGGCUGACCGGCUGAAGUGUGCCACCAGUGUGGUUCACCAGGCUGACCAGGCGUGUCGCCGUCUGAUCUCCGAAGCCAUGAAGACCGCCAGAGAAAACCAGGUCCCCCCUGGACAGAUGAGAUCUCUGGCCGCUCAGCUUAAUGAAUCCAAAGCUAAAUUCCUUCACGACCUGCGGACGCAAUUUCUGCAGGACGUGCACCUCACUGACGAAGACGUUGAUGUGGAUCGUGCGGUGAAAACAGCAAUACAUGUUUUUGACAGUGAUAAAAAGGACAUUCUGUUGAGGGCUAUGAGUGACUAUACUUGAAUAUUUUUGGUUUCUUGAAAUCGUUGUAUUUAAUUUAAGUGUAUAAUCAUUUUGGUUGAUCAGCUAUGAUUUUUCUCUGUGAUCAAAGCUCUUAUUUUCAUUUUGAAUUAAACAGAAAAGUGUAAUUAUUUUAACAAUAUUCAUCUUUUUAAAUGCCCAUCUGAAGUUAUUAAAGCACAAGUGAUAUUUUGAAAUUGUUUAUUAUUUCAAAAAUCUGUUGUGUAGAAACAAAAUCAGCGGGUGACACAAGACGAACCCAGAUGAAUUUCUCAGCUCAUUAUCAGUUUUAUCUAUUCAUGGACUAAUGUGUUCUAUAAAGAAAAAGGACAUAACAUGGUUAAAAGCUCUCGAGUAGAAGCGUGUAAGUAUUGACAAGGUUUCUGUAAAUAUUCCAUGAGAUUUCUUCAUAUUUAAUCGUCAGCCAUUGUUUUUACGAUACAAUAUUUACAACACUAAAUGUCAUCAUGUACAGAUACGUUAAACUCGGUCAGUUAAAGGCAUAAUUUUCGACAAAUAUGUAGUAAUUUAAAUAAAAUAUAACAAUUUCACAGUGGCGUACCGUGGACAUUGGCUGUUUCAGCGCACAUUAUUAGUGGUUACUAUUAAGAUUCUAAAAAAGACAGUAAAUAUAUGCAACAAUUUAACAGGCUCAUCCGUACAUACUUGUAAAAAUGAUCUGUUUAUAGACAGGUUUAGCUGAAAACAUCUGUAAUCGUGUAAGUUAUUUGAAGAUUACUAACGGAACAGUAAACAAAGUGAAGAUAAUUUAAGAGAAUAUAGUCUGAAGAGGUUUUGUUUUAUAGGAUGAGGAUCAUUCCCUGUUAGAAAUACCCAUAAAUAUACGGUGAGUUAGAAGCUUAUGAUGUUUGAGUUAAAAUACUGUUUAUUAUGUGAUUAUACAUGACAGUGUUUAUAGCUGCCUUUAAACCCAGACACUUCCUGUGAUUCAGAGAACGUGACGAGAUGCAUUAUGUGACGCCAUGAAGAACAGAUUCAAAACUCAUCGCAAGUACAAAUAUAACUGAGUAUUCUGUGUUUGAUCUGGUUAUUUUAUUGCAGUAUUAAGAUCUGGGAAUAAUGAGGAGACCGAAUGAAUGAGUCCAAAUGUCCAGACCUGAGGAUGGAUGUUCAAAAGUGGGCGUGGCAUAAA